AAGAAGAAGAAGAAGAAGAAGAAGGUGGAAUAGAAGUCAAUGGAGGUUGUGGUGGUUUUUGCUCUUGAGUUGGAUAUCGAUGAUGAUGUUCUUCUCUAUGUCGUUCUUCUCUCGUAUUAUAAGAUUGCGAGGCUUGUUGUGGCGAUCGUUGUUCUUGUUGAUUAUAUCUAUUUGAAUUAUAAUUAGAACGAUCCGAAGAAUUAUAAUGGUUAUAACUUCUGUAUUGCUGUUGGUGAUGGUGAUGGUGAUGAUUUUGAGAAUAAUGAUGACUAGGUUGUUGGUAACCAGAUUGUUGUUGAUAUUGAUUCCUAUUAUAUCUUCCACCACCACCUACUCUACGUUGUUCAGGUGGAGCAACAGUUCUAACCGAAGGUUUGUUAACCUGAGAAAACAAUGGAGUGUUACGGUAUUCAGGAUCAUCAUCAGUAUAUGGAUCCAUCGAGGAUUUUUUUAUUCUGUUUUUUUUAUUUUAUUUUAUUUAUUCUAAAUUUGUGCAGAUAUAUUAAAUAAGUAUUCAUUAA